UGGGCACUUGAUCAAGGCUUUUUGGAAUCCAUGCCCAGGACACAUUUGGGGGGAGGGGGCGCAGAGUGGAUUUUCACGUGCCCAGGCUCAGCUUCGCAGCGCAUUCACCAGGGGAGGUUGUGCCCACGGCCAGCCAAAGUCAGGAAAUGUUGGUGAACUGAAUCACACUCUCCAAUACAUAAUAAUCAGAGAGCAGGCAGCGCAGAGUGCCUGGGAGGAAAAUGUCUGACUUACCCGCUGAGCCGCCGGCCGUGAUCUGGUGAGAAGCCUCCUGCAAAAAGCCGCCCGGCUUCCUGGACAUCUUCAGCUGCGCUGGGAAAGCAGCAGAGCGGGCUAAAGAUUGCAGGGGUCCCUUUGCAGGAUUGGGCCCUAACUGAAUGAGCUAAUCCAAAAGUAAAUGAGGAACUUAGAAAAAGGUUGCCAACUCCAAAUCAACACAGUUAUACAGAAUCAAAAAAGAAGAAGCUUACAGCUUCAUUUGAGGACUUUUGUAAGGCACUCACUGUUCUAGCUCUGCAAUCUUGGAGCAAAAACCAGAGUGAGUGCCAGAUCAAACAAGUUCAGAAGUACAAAUGGAGGACUGGUCAAAAGAAAUCUGUAAUCUGGAACAGCAAAGAGAAGACUUUUGUCCGAAAUUUCAGCUUUAUCCAAGUUCUUCAAGAAGCCUACAACCACAAAAUGAAUUGGUCAUCCAAGGCAAUGUUGAAGCAAUGAACCUGUCAGAUUUGCCAACAGCCACCUCACUCAGCAUUCAGAGUACUAGCACCCAGAAUGUGUGUCUAGAUCAUAUUAUUGCCCCUUGUACUGCUGAAGAAUCAAGUAUUACAGAAAAACAAGGGAGAAUGCUCUCUGACUUUAUGACUUCUUGGAAGGAGACUGGAGACCUAGAUAAAGAGACGAAUAUCGCAUUCCUUUUGAAAGAAUUGGAUGCUGUAAGGGCAAAGAAUAAAAAGCUUCAGGAUAAGCUGUCUGAAAAAGACAAGGAGCUGAAGACAAUAAAGCUGGACUUAGAACUGCAAGAGAGAGCUACAGAAGCUAAGAUUGCAGAAAAGACUGCAGCACUCGUGGAAGAAGUUUAUACUGCUCAACGAGAACGUGAUGAAGCUGUCAUGGCUAGACUUAAGUUAGCCAAUGAAGAGCGAGAUGAAGCACUUCUUCGAGCCAAGCAUUUGGAGCAGUCUCUUAAAGAGCUAGAAAAUAUUAACCCUGAAGAAAAUGACAUGACAUUACAGGAAUUACUGAACAGAAUAAACAAUGCAGACACAGGGAUAGCUAUACAGAAGAAUGGAGCUAUAAUUGUGGAUCGAAUACACAGGACCAAGGAGCGUAGAAAGAAAAUAACAGCUGAGGAAAUGAAUGCAGUGAUUGAAGAACGGGAUGCUGCUUUGUCUCAAUGCAAACGGCUGGUGCAGGAGCUUCAUCAUCUGAAAGAGCAGAACCAGACUUCAGCAAACAACACGAGACAUCUGACUGCUGAAAACAAUCAAGAACGUGCUCUGAAGGCAAAGUUGCUAGCUAUACAACAAGAGAGAGAGACUGCUGUUCAACAGAAUAAAAAACUAGAAGAAGAAAUUCAGACGCUACGUGUUUAUUACAGUUUACACAAAUCUCUAUCCCAAGAAGUGAGUCUUAAGGAUCAGUUUAACUGUACUCUUAGUACAUAUGAAGAUGCACUGAAAAGCAGUGAGGAUAUUGUAACCAUCACACAUCGCCAAAAUGAGCAGCUAGCUACCCAACUGCAGCAAGCCCAAACAGAGCGAACAAACAUGGAAUUAAAGCUUCAGCAAGCUUUAGAAGCGUCACAAGAGGCCAACGAAAAAGUUCAAACGUUGGAAAGGCUGGUGGACGUCCUGAGGAAGAAGGUUGGAGCAGGGACCAUUAGGACUGUGAUCUGAUUGAAAGCUCCAGCCUAGGGAAGUAUUCACAUCUGGUGACCAGGCUGCUUCAUUCAGCACUGUGUAAACACUAAAGCCUUAACUUAGCAAACAGUUGUUAGAAGUGGGACACUCCAAUGACAUUCCAGACUGAGAUAAAAUCAAAUCAUAAAUGUUUAACCACUUUGCUGCUGAGUUGUGUUAUUUGUCAAACUGUAUCUCUGCAAACAUGUAUUUGCUUUAAGCAGCUGUAUUGUGGUAUGGUCAGUGAGUAUUGUGGAAAUCAUUUGUGUGCUGUUUUAACAAUAGUCUCUUCACGCAGUUAACAUUGUCGGACUAUAGUGUGCUGCAAGGCAUAGCCCGGCCAUGUUACAUACGGCCUGCUUCAGGGGCCAGUCCUGCAAAGUGUAAAGCUACAAUGCUAUUUAGCAAUCCGCAAACAAUUGAAUAUUUUAAGGUUGAAUGUAUUUCUUACUGAUAAUAGAGGUUCAGAUUCAAUGUUCUAUCUAUGUAAUAUCAUGGAGAUGUUUUCCUCGUAAUGCACACUCAUAAUCCCUCCGUAUUGUAAUUGUUAAUCAGAAUUAUGUACAUGCAUCAUGGGGAAGGUAGACACAUGGCUUUAAAAAGACUUUCUAUAGCUAGCACAGAAUCCUACUCCAGAUCCAUUUCAGCUCCUUAUAAACAUGUAUGUACAGUUAGAUUUCACUAAAAGAGUAGAUUCGUUAAUUUGUAAAAAUGUAGUUACAUUGAUCAGUAUUGAAGCUGUAGAGAUGAUUAUUCUGAUUGUUAUAUGUCGCUCUUCUUCCCUCUCCUAUGAAAGAAAAUCUCUGCGGGGUUAAUACUCCACCUUGCUGGGGCAAAGGAACUGCCGUUCACCUCCACUGUGUAAGGCACAGCCUCAGCUCUUCUAUAUCAAUCUUCCUGCCUCCUCCUUUGAAAUGGAAGCACUGAACAUUCUGCUCAGCCCCCCUCGUCUGGCUUUUGUGUGUUUCUGCUGUCUUCUCUCUUUAGUGAUUGUUUUUAUAGAUGCAAUGAAAGAAGAGAAUAGAAGAAUGAAGGAAAGAAAUCUGCACUAUGCCAUUUAAUGUGGAGAAUCAGACUCAGGGUCCGUCUUUCUGGUCAGACACUGCAGUACUCUGCAUUCUUUGUCUGCAGACCUAGGCUCCUUUUGGUUUCAGUCUCCCAACUAGGCCACUUGCAGGGGAAGGUAGGUUUACCUGCAGUGCAUAGUACUCGUUAUGCCCCAGGAGACUCUGUGAGUGAUUCCUAACCACCCACUCGGCCCCAAGUCAGACUGUGAUUAUUGCUUCUGAACCUCCAUAGUCAUUAAACCACAGAUGACCCUUUCAUGCUUCCAGACCUGGGAGCUGGUAAAACCCUAGAGGCAGUGGCGGCUCCAGGCACCAGCGCAGCAAGCGCGUGCCUGGGGCAUCAAACCGCGGGGGGCGCCCUGCUGGCCCUGCGAGGGUGGCAGUCAGGCAGCCUUCAGUGGCGCGCCUGCGGGAGGUCCGUCGGUCCCACGGAUUUGGCGGCAAUCGGCAGUG